AUGGGAAAGAAAGCAUUACCAAUUGCGUGGAAAGCUGUGGGAGAGGCGUUUAAGAAGCUGACCAGAUCGGCGGCCACGGAGCUUGCUUCAUUUUGCUCUUCCUUCGCCAUUUGGAUUUUUGCGUCUGUACAAGGCUCUGGUGACGGAGACGACGAGGAUUCGAAGGAUACACAUGAAGCAAGGAAUAAGCGGACCUGGGGUUGGGGUGUGCUGGUCGUCGCCGGUGGUGGGUUAUUGAGACAUGGCAGAGUAGCAGGGAGUUUGGAGAGAGAAAGAG